AUGGCCUCUCCGGCAUUCACGAGCCUUGGUGAUGACCAAAGUGAGGCUAAGGAGCAAAUGCUGAGCCUCUAUUUCGGCCAGCAGUUGUACAGCAAAAUCCAGCUGAACAUGCUUCUUGGCAUGCAAGGCAACCACAUGUGGUUAGUGGCGAUGGCCACACUGUAUGCGGGCGAAUGGCGCCAUUUGCGCAAAGACACGUCGCAUUGA